AUGGCCUCCGUUUAUACCGCUCAUUCAGUGCAAGUUUGCCCUCAAGAAGCGGCCGUCAGGCAUGGCAGUGCUGAUGUGUGUAUUUUGUUGAUCUGGCUAGGCCAACAUCGUCUCUUCUCGGUACGGAAGUCUAGCCACAUUUGUGCAUUCGGCAAAACCAGACGAUCUUUGGACGAGAGCCUGGCAUGGCUGAGAAGGUGCGGCAUUGCUGCUGCAAAUGCCAGCGCAAUCAUUUCCUUCUGUCAGGAUCUUGUUGGCAUAUCAGCUCCAGUCGGCAUUGCAGAGCUGGCCGAGGUACUUUGCAGAUCCAACGAAUUAGACUUGGAGGUAUUGUUCGAAAACAUCAGCUCAUGGAAUGCAGCGGCUCACUUCCAGGAUGACCACGAGAUGGGUGAUGUACCAAACCGACUAGUUGGACUGAUUGCUGAGGCGAGUCACCGAUCGCAGUGGGAUCGAGCCUCUGUGGCCGUCUAUGCACUCACUGGCGCGACAUGCUUGCACAUGCAAGGCAUGACUGCAGCACUAAAGGAGGACGCGCUGUUGAUGACAAAGCUGCAGCACUCUGUUUUGCUUGCCGUUGCUGCAUUCGGCGAGAUGCUUGAUGAUGCCCUGCUAGCUGGUUCUCAAGGUUCUUCGCCGUCAGCUGCCGACUUCACGGAGAAGCAGUCGCUCGCGGAGCUGGUAAGGUCUCUGGCAUCCUUCUUGCUGGAGCUGCUCCCGUCGCUGCCCCUAGCUCUAGCGGACAUGCUGCUGGCCAUCCCAGGCCUGCCAGGUGCAUUGCUUUGUGCUGCGAGCACCUCACCGGCGACAUUGGGAAAGUCAUCAAGCCUGCUGUCCAGUUCUGUCUCUUUUGUGGUGCUACGAGCCCAACGAGCACUGGCAGAUCUCUUAACUUCAGUGUUGGAAGAAACAUCAACCGAAGUACGAGCAAGCCAGGAGCUUCUGCUUGGUUCUGUUGAGCCUGGGGCAUCUCGCCUGGUGGAGACACUCAUCCUGUCGCGUCCUGAUCCAAAGCUGCAUCAGCUUUUGCUGGAACUGCUGUGGCGGGCACUGCGGCGAGUACCUU